GGCAGAGACUUACUAAAGUUUAUAAGGAUUCGAUGGAAAAGGCUGAUUUGGAACUUUCUGAGGCUAGAGACAAUGAAUUUAGACUUGAUGAGUUGGUAAAGGAGAAGGAAGAAGCUUUGUUGGCAAUGUCAUCGGAAUUGCAAGAAGCCAAGGAAGUUCAUGAAAAGAUUUUGAAAGAAAAAGAUGAUGAAUUGAAACGUCUUUCAGAAGAAGUUACAAAAUCUACAGAAUUGUUGAAUGCUGGAUUUAGACUUAAUCGUCCAGACGAGGAUAUUGCUAGAAUCUCCCCAGCUGCCGCUGCAGCCAGUAGUCUUUUAAAAAGUGGCAUGUCUUUGACUGGAAUUUAUGCUGAACAUUGUCGUGUUGUUAGUGAAUUGGAAAAGAAAAAUGCUGAAUUUUCUAGUCUGGAGAAAUAUGUGACAGAACUUAUUCAGGAUUUGGAUUCGCGAGCACCAAAAUUCCUUGAACAACGUAAGGCAUAUGACCAAUUGUCUGAACGUAAUGAAUGUUUACAGUUGCAAAAGGACCUAUUGAGCAGCGAAUGUCAAAAGCUUCAAUCUAAAUCUGACUCUUUGACUCGUGAGCUUACUUUCACAAAGCGUGAAUUGGAGCGUUAUCAGCGAGAGCAUAAUAUUCAACAAAAACAGAUUCAACGUUUCCUUUAUCUAUUUGAGAAAGGUUCUCUUUCAUACAACGACUCUUUAUUAAAUGAGAACAUUGCUGAUGACGAUUAUCUUUUUGCUAACAUUAGCGAACUUCAAUCAAAGAAUAUUCAAUUGGCUGAAGAGGUUGAACGUCUUCGUGGAGAGCAGGAUAAAGCAAUUGAAAAUUAUCACAAUACUGAGAUUGAAUUAUUAAAACAAUCACGUAAUCAAUUGCAAGAAGAAUUGAGUCGUCUUAAAGAAAAUUUCAGCAAACAAAGCACUCUGGUCCAAGAAUUGACUAUGCAAAGAGAUCAAUAUAAAAAAUUGUAUGAUCAACUCAACAAUGCAAAUAGUAAUGGAAUGAGUUCGAAUGAAUCGACAGCUUCGGAAUCUACACAACCCAAUUUAAUCCAGCAACCGACAAUUAAAAGUCUUCAAAUGGAAAUUAUGAUGUGGAAAACAAAGUCUGAAAGAUUGCAAGAAACUAAUAUAUUUUUGAAUGAAGAUCGGCAAUCUCAUGAAAAGAUUCUCAAUGAUCGCCUUGACCAACAACUUGAACAAAUUUCUACUAUGCGUACAACAAUUGGGAAGUUGGAAAGCGACCUUGAAUUUCAAAAUAAAAAUCAACAAUUGUUGGCUAAACAGAUCGAUUCUUAUUCUCAUGACUUGAAUCGUUUAAAUAAACAACUUUCUGAAUCCAGACGUCAAGUUGAAUCGUUAGAAAUUCGAAAUGAUUCUCUUACAAAUCAAUUGCUUGAAAAGCAGCAGCGUCUUUCAACACUUGAAGUACAAAAUCAUUCUUUGUCUGAGGAACGUGCUGUGCUUACAAGUCGUGAUCAGCGUUUGCAAGCGGAGUUGGAAAUUUUGAGACAAAACCGUUAUAGCACAGAGCGUGUUUCAACUUCAAUUCAAGAAAUGGAAUUAUUGCUUAAACGAAUGGAAGCAGAAAAAUCACAUUCUAUGGAUAGCCAACUUCAAUCAGCUCUUUUGGAGCGUGAUAACCUUCGUCAACUUAUUGACAGCUUGAACGAACAAAACAAUCAACUUGUUAAUGGUCUUAAGAACAGUUUGAAUGUUGCUUCAAGUGAGCGCGACAAAGCUCAGGCCGAUGCCAAAUCAAUUCAAACCCGUUUGGACGCAAUUGAACGAAUUUAUGAGCAGUUGAAACAGGAACAUGAAACAUUGAAAAAUGAAAUGGAACAAAUUCAGUCCACAGACACAAACCUCGAAGCCUGCAAGAAGGAAAUUCAGAAAAUGAAAAAUACAAUUGCUUACCAAGAAAAGCAGAUUGCCGAAUUUGAAAAUAAAUGUGAAGAAUUGAAUGGGGCAAUUGAAAGGAAGGAUAAGCAACUUGAAGAAAUGUGCCGUUUGGGAACAAAUAUGGAGGGAACAAUUCAGUUUGGCAAUGUGGAAAGGCAGCGUAUGCAAGCAAUUCGUGAACAAUUGGAAGAAGAGAUGAAUAAAAAUAAAUUACUGAUCGAAGAUUUAAGAAAUGCUGUUUCAAUAAAGGAAAUGGAAUUACUCAGCCAAACGAAAAAUUUGACUGAAACUAACAACAAACUUGAUGAAUUAAAUGCAAAAACUGAGCAAUGGAUAGUUGAGAAGGACAAAGAGACACACGAAUAUAAACGUGUUAUUGAUCAACUUCGCCUUGAGAACGAAAAACUUCAAAGCGAUUUUGAAAGGGUUUUGAUUUAA